AUGGACUCACUUCUUGGUCUCUCCAAAAUGAUGUGCAGAUGGAUGUGCAUCUGCUUGCUUCUCCUCCUCAACUCUACUACUUCAUCACACUGGUGCACCAUGUCCUUCAUUGACAAAGUAUUUGAAGCUGGAAGCUGGGAUGUUUCUCUUCCCCCUCUCCAACUCCCCCAUCCAACACAGAGCAAGAACAAGAUGUCUGAUACACCUUCUUCCCAAUCCACAAGGCCCACCAACAAUGGGGCAAAGAAGAACUUUGUCUGGCAGGCUCAGGACAUCAAGCACCUUGUAGACACAAUCUACAUCAACAAGUUGUACCAGUGCACAAUUCUCCCUUCUUGUUGCAACAAAGCCAACAAGCCCACCAACAAGCUUUGCAAGGAUAUGGUCUAUCCUGACCUCAGCAGGUCACUCUUCCCUGCCAGGUCUGUUGAUCCCUCUCACAUCAAGUUCAAGGUACAUGUCAGAGGUUGUGUGCCUGAAACCCGAUAUCUGUAG